UAAGAACCUGGGCUUUGGCGCUGCCGUGUGCGUUGGGAGGACCGGCCUGGCGAGAAUCAUGCGCAGCACGCUGGAAGCCCUCUGCCUCGGCUGGGUCCUCCUGGCCCUGGGGCACAGCGAGACGUCCAGCGGCCCCGGCAGCAGCUGGCACCACUUGGCCUCACAGCCUCCGCUCAACGACACAGAGACAGUGCAGCGCUGUGCAGACGAGGAAGGCUUUGAUGCUGUCACGCUGGAUGAGAGAGGCACCAUGCUCUUCUUCAAAGGGGAGUUUGUCUGGAAGGGCUUCAAUGGUGCUGCUGAGCCCAUCAACGCCACCUGGCCUGAAAUCCAGGGCCCCGUCGAUGCUGCCCUCCGGAUUCACCACCUCAGCCACCCAGUCGCCCAUGACAAUGUGUUCCUUUUCCAGGGCAAGUGGGUCUGGGCUUAUGCCCAGGGCAAGCUGAGGCCUGGCUACCCCCGGCUCAUCCAGGAAGAGUUUAAAGGAGUGCCCGGGGACCUGGACGCAGCUGUGGAGUGCCACCCCAAGGAAUGCAUGGCCGAGACAGUCCUCUUCUUCAGGGGCCCUGUGGUCUUCUCUUAUGACCUGGCAACCAAUGCACUGAAACAGCGGUCGUGGCCUGCAGUGGCCAACUGCUCUGCUGCUAUCCGCUGGCUGGAGUGCUAUUACUGCUUCCAGGGCAUCCGCUUCGUGCGCUUCAACCCUGCCACGGGUGAGGUUCCCCCCAACUACCCACGGGAUGCCAGGGACUACUUCAUGCGCUGCCCUGGAAGAGGUCACGGGCAUGCAACACAUGCCAAUGCCACCCUGAGGGCUAUAGUGGACCCCUGCAGUGGGCAGCCCUUCCAGGCCCUCUCCUCGGAUGAUUCUGGGCGGAUAUAUGCUUUCCGUGGGGGGCAAUACUUUCGUGUUGACUCUGCGCGGGACGGCUGGCACUCGUGGCCUCUCAGCCACACUUGGAAGGGCCUGGAGGGGGAAGUGGAUGCGGCCUUCAGCUGGGAGGACAAGCUCCACCUGAUCCAGGGCUCUGAGGUCACCAUCUACCGAGCUGGCCCUGGCUACAGCCGCAUGGAGGGCUACCCGCGGUUCCUGAAAGGAGAGCUGGGGCUGGUGGAAGCAGAUGCCGCCUUCACUUGCCCUCACUCCAAGGACGUUUACAUUAUUCACGGAAGCUCCAUGAAGCGUGUGGACCUGCAGCUGAGCCCACGUCGCCCGGGGCCAGGAAUUGCCAUCCCCCAUGACCAUGUGGACGGUGCCGUCUGCACCACCAAGGGGGUGUACCUUUUCCAUGGAGCCAGCUUCCACCAUUACGCCAAUGUGUCUGAGCUCCUCAAAAGCUCAGCCCCUGCACCUGCCCAGGACAUUGCUGCUGCCUAUUUCAAAUGCCCUGUGGUAGGGGGUCAUGGUGCCACCACACAUCCCCCUCACCAGGCAUGAAGGACCUCCUCACCAAAUGGACCAGUGCCACCCUGAGGCUGACUCAUGCUCCGCCUCCCCACAAGCCUCAUGCCAGGUUGACCAAAUAAACGCCCACCCCACGGUUGCCCACUGGCUGAGGAUGCCUUUGCUCUUGUGGGGCUACAACUGUU